AUGCUGUUCAACAGAUACUUCAUCGCCGUCCUCUCCUUAUCUUUUACCUCCGUCGUACUCUCCGCACCAACGCUGAUCGCUCGACAGUCUUCGGACGAAAAAGAACUUAAUGGGAUAUCAGUUGAGCCUACAUCGGGCAAGACUCCUAGUGAUACGACAGACAGUGCGAUGCAAACGUCAACUCCAACCGUCACUUCUGAAGCUAUAAUCUCAGCCUCAGCCUCAGUUUCAGCAAGCAAAAUCGCACCAUCUUCUGCUUCUGCUUCUGUUUCUGCCAAACCUACAGGAUUGCAUUUCACGAAUGAUUUCCCUGACCAACUGAAGAAUGGGGAUCAGAUCGAUCUAGAGUGGGAAGGGGGUGAUGGACCUUAUAUCUUGUAUACUAUCUUGAACUAUCCUGGUUUGUCCAAUGUCAACCCACAUGUGUUAGAACGAUCAACUGAUGAAACUUCCUAUCAACUUACGAUAAAUGAAGAUGAUUCUCAUGAUGGUUCGAAAGUGACGAUCGGUAUUGGGUCAAACAAGAAGAGCGAUCAAUAUAAGAGAAAGACCAUUCCAUUUUCGAAAUAA